AGAGUCGAUAGCAGCAACAAGUGAAGAAGCGAGAAAAAUAAGCUGAUUCCAUGCACACUUCAUCACGCAAUCUCAAAUCUUCACUCAACGAAUUCAGAAGGUAGCAGAGUCGUAAUAACAGGGCUACAGAAGCUGGCUGUAGUGAAUUUGAGACCCAUGGGAACUGCUAUGCCCACAAGGCCCCUUGUUAGACCUGCCUCUUCCAUAAUCAGUGGAUUCAAUCUAAUAAUGGUGCUCUUGGCCACCUUGGUGUCAGCCUGUCCUAAGAGCUGCCAUUGCACCGAGAAGAACGGCCUGACGUCUGUGCAGUGUGUGUCACGCAACCUGGACAGCAUCCCCUCUGAUCUUCCAGAGGACACUGUCGCCCUGCUCCUAGGCUCAAACCGCAUCACCAAAAUCCCCCGGCAGGCCUUCAAAGACCUGCAUUGGCUGCAGGAAUUGGACCUGUCCCGCAACGCCAUUGAGGCUGUGGACGCCGGGGCCUUUCAGGGUAUCUCCGAGGGCCUCCGGACAUUAGACCUGUCCAACAACCGCAUCCACACCGUGCCUAAGGAAGCCUUCUCACAAAUACGGGCCAAGAUCCGCCUGUCGAACAACCCCUGGCAUUGCGAGUGCACUUUGCAGGAGGUGCUACGCGAGCUCCGACUGGAUCCCGAAACGAUUAAUGACGUCAGCUGCCACACCGCCGUACAAGAGGAGUACGCUGGCCGGCCCAUCAUCCAGGUACUGGACUCAGGCAUCAACUUCUGCAACUUCCACCACAAGACAACUGACGUCGCCAUGUUCAUCACUAUGUUUGGCUGGUUCGCCAUGGUAAUAGCUUACAUCAUAUAUUAUGUACGACAUAACCAGGAGGAUGCCAGGAGGCAUCUGGAAUACCUGAAAUCUUUGCCCAGCACCACACAGAUCAGAAAAGACUUUGACACUGUUAGUACUGUGCUCUAGUGUACCUGAAUGUGUGGGAUUGUUUGUUUGUAAAAGCAUGUCUUUGCAGCAGAAGAUCAGAUGAGUCUGUGACACUUGGAUGUCAACACAGCAGGGCUUUCGAACAGUCGCACGCACACACGGAUUGUAUAUCAACUGGUACUUCCCUGCCAAACUCUGCUGCUACAGGUUUGCUGGGUAUGUUUUUAAUGAAAUGUCCAUCUUCAACUGAUGUUUUUGCUUUGUAGUUGUUUUACUAUUUAAGUUGCAUUUACACAGCUAUGGCAUUAUCUACCGUGGUGCUGUGAUGCUGGAAAAGACCCCAAUCAGCUCUUUCGGUUUUCAUGGUUAGUGGGUAACAUUGAAUAGUAUGAGGGGCGACUUUUACGGUAAAAUCAGUUCAUAGCAGUGUUCAUAAAUGAAUGAGGGAUGAAUGAUGAAUGAUGUCAUGUAAUGUAUGAUUUUAUUGUAGAUUAUAAAUGAGUAACAUAACAGUAAUUUGCUGUUUUUUUGCAAUAUAGCUACUACAGGGCCCAUUUUAUCAGUAUUCACAGAAGUAUUGCUGUGCGGUGGGGGAGGGGGAGCAUGUUUACUUUGAUAAUUCCCAAGUGCCUGCCUUUUGAGGUCAUUACAUGGCUGCACUGUACACAAUCUUAACUGGAUACAAUAUUAAGCUGUAUCUCUUUAUUACAUCUGGCUCCAGUUUUCACAAAUGAUUAUACCCUACAGUUAAUGGGGUGCCGUGUUUAAUUUUAGUAAUCUGUUCCAUAAUUGUGAUCAUAGUACUAUCUCUGUUGGAACAUACAUAGUUACGAUGUACUAAUGUAUGUCAAUAGAUUGCUAUUUCAGUGUAAUAUUGACUAUCAAGUUAACAAAUGAUAUGUGGAAUCUUAAAUGUUUAGAAACAAACUUAUGGUAAUUGUACACAUCUGUUUUCAUUCAGU